UCUCUACCUCAAUUUCUCCUCUACCUAUAUUGACCGCAUUAUCGUACUUUAAUUACACCUUUGAUUACACCCGCUCAGCUCCAGCCCAAAACGAAAGUUUUGAACUUCCAUCAUGGCCGGAGGCGCAGCUAAAUACCGACACCUGAGCCGAAAGUCCUCGCACAGACAAGCCCUUCUCCGAAACUUAGUUACAUCUCUUUUCAAACAUGAAUCGAUUACGACGACAUGGGCCAAGGCAAAGGAGGCUCAGCGACUAGCUGAAAAGCUCAUUACCUUGGGCAAGAAGAACACUGAGACCAGUCGGAGGACGGCCUUGUCGACAUUCUAUACCCCUCACGAAAUCCUCCCUAAACUAUUCGGUCCCCUCCGUGAGCGCUACGCCGACCGACCCGGUGGAUACACAAGAGUGCUACGAGUUGAGCCGAAGAAGGAUGAUCAAGCCCCAAGUGCGAUUCUGGAACUCGUUGAUGGGCCGAAAGAUAUGCGAUUUGCGCUAACAGCAAAGGCGGUUGCGAGGCGACGCAGCCAGGGACUCCAGACGCUGAAUGAACUUACGCUCCUGAAUGUGCGCAAGGUUACGCAAUUUCGAAAGAAUGGUGUUGAGGAGUUGGAGAAAGCAAUCUCGAAAAUAAAGCUUGAUGAAGUGAAUUCGCCCGUAAAAUCAAAGGCGACAAUGAAGAAUGAGAAAACUGCGGAGCAUGCGCGGGUGGUCAAGGAAGCUGAGCGACAAUCAGAGGAAAGUUUGUAGGGUAG